AUGACAAUUAUGCUUAUCGGCAACAAAUGUGAUCUUGCUCGCAGAAGAGCUGUUAGCACAGAGGAAGGUGAGCAGUUUGCCAAGGAGCACGGCUUGAUAUUUACGGAAGACUCUGCAAAAACUGCUCAGAACGUCGGAGAGGCGUUUUUAAGUACGGCAACAACAAUCUACAAGAAGAUCCAGGAAGGUGUUUUUGAUAUAUCAAAGCAGCCUCGAGGAAUAAUAAUUGGACACGGAUGGGAGCCAUCUGGACCUAUUUCCCAACGAGGAGUCUGUUGCGGUUAA